AAUCAGGUGUAUCGCUAUAUGGACAAAUUCUCCUAAGUAUAUUGUUAUAUAAAAUCAAUUCCACCUGAGGAUAUAUGGCAUUUAAUGGAGAGAAGGGGCAGGGGAUGUGGAUUCACAUGGGGCCUGGCCCCAAAGCCCCCAAACAGCCAAAAACUACAAAGUCAAGUAGUCAAGCUAUCCCAAGCAAGACCAUGGCCAAGUCCCCCACUAGUAGUAAGAGCAAAGGAAAGAAGAUGGGGAAGUUGGGAUCAAGUGGCAAGGCUGGUAGGGGAACACAUGGUGAUGGGAAUAAACGCAAGAAAAGAAGAAGGGAAUCAUUCAAUACUUAUAUAUACAAAGUUCUAAAACAAGUCCACCCAGAUGUUGGGAUCUCUAGUCGUGCUAUGGACAUCAUGAACUCCUUUGUUAAUGACAUAUUUGAAAGAUUAGCAAGUGAAGCAUCUAAGUUAGCAUCCUAUAACAAGAGAUCUACCAUCACUAGUAGAGAGAUCCAGACUUCAGUUCGUCUCCUGCUACCGGGUGAGCUGGCCAAGCAUGCAGUCAGUGAGGGAACAAAGGCAGUCACUAAAUACACCAGCACAAAGUGAUCACUAGUCUCUACUAUCAACAAUAGUAAUAUAUGAGCAACUUUCAGCUAAUGCAUGUUCUAUUGUUAUGCAUAUGGAGUAUUAUUUCACACAUAAUAUGGCCAUUAAGAUGGUGGAAAGUAAAAAGUGCUUUUAUAUAAAGAUGUAUGACAAACGGCACAAAAAUCUUUCAAAAUAUCGGUUUCACUUACAAAGGUCAUUCCUCAAAAAUGAAUUACAUUUGUGAGAACCUUUUAUGACUACCAUGAGCAUGCAGUCUGUCUGUCUGUCAAAAGCUCAUUGUUUGGAGUCAUACAAGUUUUGUCAAAGACGACAAAACAGUCAUAUCUUUGAACAUGAGUAUUUUCUGACAACAUUGAACUUAUUUUCUGAACAGUUGUAUUUUUCUUUUAAGUGAUCUUAAAUUUCUUCAAGAUAUCAAAUUUGGUGACCAAAGCUAGGUGAAGUCAGGCGCGAAGUAGUUAAAAUUUGGCAAAUCAAAUAUUGGAAAUACAGUAAAACCUGUCUACAUGGAACACCUUUGGUAUCUCUAAACAGUGUUUCACUUCGAAGGUGUUCCACUUAUAGAGGUUCAUUUAACAUUA